CUCUUUUGGGGUGGGGGCCAGGCAGAAAGAAACUGUCUGCCUGCUGAAAACUCACAGGAGACCCAGGAGACUAGAUGAUCACUGCCCCCAGUGGACAUGGGGAAAAAGCUGGUAAUGGCCCAGAAGCGGGGACAGACUCGAGCCCUCUGCCUGGGCGUGGCUCUGGUGGUGUGCGCUGCUAUCACAUACUACAUCCUGGGCACCACCAUGCUGCCCCUCUACCAGAAAAGUGUGUGGACCCAGAAAUCCACGUGCCAUCUGAUUGAGACAAACAUCAGGGACCAAGAGGAGUUGGAGGGCAAGAAGGUGCCCCAGUACCCAUGCCUAUGGGUCAACGUGUCAGCCGUGGGCAAGUGGGCUGUGCUGUACCACACAGAGGACACUCGAGACCAGAACCAGGAGUGCUCCUACAUCCCAAGCAGCCUGGACAACUAUCCAGUGGCCCUAGUUGACGUACAGAAGGUCAGAGCCAAAUUCCAGGAGCAUCAGGUUUUCUACUGCUUCUCGACGACUCGGGAGAAUGAGACCAGCGUCCUGUACCGGCGCCUCUAUGGGCCACAGACUCUCCUACUCUCCCUCUUUUGGCCCACCUUCCUGCUGACCAGUGGCCUCCUCAUUAUUGCCAUGGUGAAGACCAACCAGUCCCUCUCCAUCCUGGCAGCCCAGAAGUAG